AUGCGCCUCUCUCUCAAUGCUGCGCUCGCAGUAGCGCUGGGUCUUGCCUCGUCUUCAGAUGCACUCAAGAUCCUCAUGGGUAACGAUGAUGGAUUCGGAAGCGGAAAUCUGAGAGAGCUGUACAAGUUGUUGGUCGAUGCAGGCCACGAAGUUCUUGUCGUCGCCCCGGCGCAACAGCAGUCCGGUAAAGGCAGCACCGUCAUCUGGGCCGAGUCAGCAAACCUCACUACCCCAUCCCAAUACGACAUCAUUCCUGCAGGCGCACCAGCAGUCGGCCGUGAUCCAAACGAUGACAACAUCUGGUACUACGAUGGUACACCUGCUGCGUGCACCUUCGUGGCGCUCGACUACGUGCUUCCACGUUACUACCCCGACUGGCAUCAGACAGCUGAUCUCUUCAUUGCCGGGCCAAACUACGGCACGAACCUCGGUCCCUUUGUGAUGGGCCUGAGUGGAACUGUAGGCGCAACGUUUGCCGCUGUAUCGCGCUCAAUCCCUGGAAUUGCCACGAGCGCGAGCAACAAGGCGGUGCCCUACUUCAACGUGACAAGUGCCUCAGAUCCCGCUGCUUUGGCAGCCAAAGUCUCCUUCGAAGUCGUCAAUGAGUUCAUCAAGAACACACCAGAGGGGCAAAAGGUUCUUCCUUUGGGCUAUGGCGUUAAUGUCAAUAUACCCGAGCUUGUCAAUAGCACCAUGCCCCCGGUGAUCAAGACCAGGCUCACAGGUGAGGCCAACACAGAUGUGGCAGUUUUCAACGAGACGAGUGGCCUGUUCACGUGGGACAACGUCGACCCUCUAGCUGCUGGCAUCAACGCCGCGUACAACGGAGACACAAGUCUGCCUGGCGAGACGUUCGUAGUCGCUGGAGGCGGCAUUAGUGUUAGUGUCUUCACCAUGGACUUCUCUGCGCCGAGCAUUGAGUACACCGAAGCAGUGUAUGGCAAGGCUGAGAGCUUGUUUAGCGCUAGUUCUGAUGUGAACGCUACUAGUUACAGUAAGAGGAUGGUGCAAGAGCGUAUGCGCAAGAGGGGCGCCAUGCUGAGCGGACGCGACGGCGGAGCGUAG